UGUCAGUCAAACUCAGAGUCAGCACUCAGUCUGUGCUCUCCUCAACAACAUCAACAACAAAAGUACUGCUGAACUGCAGUAUUACUGCGACUGCUGCUGCUGGAUGAGUGUGUGAGCCAUACUGAGGGAAAAAUGAAGUGCUCCCUGGGGAUCUGUCUGGUGAUCUGCUCCGCUCUGUUCGGACUGGGAUCGGCAAUCCGCUGCUACAGCUGUAAGGACUACACAGCCAGCUGCAGCAAACAACGAGAGUGUAGCUAUGACGACGCCUGUCUCACACUCACCGAGAGAGGUGGGAUGACUUUCCGUCAGUGUCUUAAGUAUUCAGACUGUGAGUACGGCCGACUGUCACAGAUGUUCCCCCAGGUUUCCCGUUUCACCUUCAAGUGCUGCAACUCUGACCUGUGUAACUCCGCCCCCUCCUCUGCAGCGAGCUCUGUGAUUGGUCUGCUGGCGUCUGCGGCUGUCAUGUGGUGGUGUGUCCACUGAAGAGUGCUGAAGUUUGGCUGAAACAUGUAAUAACAGCAGCUUCUCUAACAGUCAUCUGAUCAAUACGCCUGACCAAAACAUUCAGUCACAUGAUCAAUACAUUCAGUCACCUGAUCAACACAUUAAGUCACCUGAUCAAUACAUUCAGUCACCUGAUCAAUACAUUCAUACUGAAAAACAUUCACACGUGAUCAGUAUUUAUUUGUAAAGGAAGAGUCUGGCUGCUGAUUGAUUGAUCAUUAAAUGAUUAAACUGAUGAUUUAUGAUGUAAUGUGAUAAUUGAUCAUUAAAAAGUCACCUGGUAACACAUCAUUAUUUAUGUAUAUCAGCUGUUUAACAGGAAGCUGCACCUCUAAUGCCAGACCCUUCAAAACAAAGUUUAACUAAAACUUUUUCUCUGUGAGAUGAAAAUGAUCUUUGAAUUAAUCAAUAAAUGGUGACAAACUGUAAACCCUACUCUUUUGAUUAUUAUUUAUUAAUAAAUACAGUGAACACAGAA